AUGCCUAUCCGCAACCCUUUCCGUCGCGCUGGUGCGCCUGACCAGGCUGAUGACGCCCAACGGAACGCCCCGGAGAACGACUUCAAGGCCGCAACUGUCUCCGGGGCCACACCCUUGCAGCUGAAGGAUCCAGCAGAAUACAAAUUGAGUGAGAUCAACGAUAGCGGCGUCUACUUGCCGCCUUCACCACACCACGAGAAGCCAACCUUCUGGCACACCAAGUCCAACAUCUCGACAACCUCAUCGAACCACCGGAGCCUUCUUGCCGAAAAUGAGCCCUUUAGCAUUUCGCGCGAAAGUUUUGAUUCGUACCGGAGAUCAUUUGACAUCUCCGCGCGCUCGCCAAUCACUGACAGUGUCCACGAGACGUAUCCCCGCCAAUCGCUCGACGCGCGCAGAUCUAUGGACACGCGGCGCUCUUUUGACGCCCGUCGCUCGCGCGCCACACCCCGCUCAUCCAUGCAACAAGGCCGCUCUAGCGAAAGCCACGAUCAGGUACCCGAGGAGGGCUUCGAGGAUGUGGGGCUGAAUGACGAGCCCAAGCCCCAGCCCAAAAAGCGCGGCAUCUUCUCCCGCUUUGGCGACAACAACCACUCCAAUGACCGCACCGAAGAGCGUCCUACCUCGAGUCACCACUUUUCCCUAACAGGCCGCAAGAGGGCGGAAAGCGGAGCUGGGUCCGAGCUCAAGCCUAUGCCUAAACCCGCCCCCGAAAUGGCUGUCGAGUCGCGGUGA